ACAAACUGUCUAAAAACAGAAUGUACAUGCAUGCAACUAAAAUUGACAGGCAAUCUAACUUUGGAACCUAGCAUAUUGAAAGCCUUGCGACUUUUAAAAACAUGUUUUGUGCUGUUUCAAAGCCACUACUUAUCCAUUUUACUAACCUUAAUACAGAUGUUUGCAAGAAUAUACAUUAAUUCAAAGACUAUCGGUUCAGAGAAAAGUUCACUACAACCACUUGUUUCUACCACCAAAGCAGCGGGACAACGUUCCAAGUGGCAAUGAUCAUUGACAAUUAUUUAUGAUUCUUCUACCGACUAACCACACACGACACUGGACAAACCGGUUUAAUCUCCUUGUUAAAAUUAGGGGUUAGAUUGUAAAGGCCCGCCAAUCAGUAUUCUUCGUGACAGGAAUGUGGGUAGGAAUACACUACAAGAGAGAUCCGAGGGUUUCCAGUCUUCCGGUCUCCAUCUGGAAGCGCAUGCCCCCACAGAAAAUUAGAAAGCGCCGCGAUACUUGCAGUGAGCUAAGUGACUUAUAAUUCGGGACAGGCCUCAAGGCUUAAGACAGUGGACCCAGCUGGAAGGCGCACAGCAUCUUGGGACUUGUAGUUUCGUAUCCUUUCGCUACCCGGUUGAGUGGGCAUUCUGGGAUGUGUAGUUCUCAGGUUGUUCGUUUGAGUGAAUCCGUUCCUGACUACAGGCGCCGUAAGUGACUCCACAGCCGCUCGAGCGUCACGUGACUUCAGUCCCGCACUCCUUUUGAGUUCGCACUGCGGCUGCAGCCCGGGCGAGUUCUCGCCCUCCCCGCGCGGCCGUUGCCGAGGAGACGGCGCUCGUCUCGCGGAGCGUUGCGCCCCCCCCCCACUCUCUCUGCAGUUCCCCCGCCCCCUUCGUCUCCCACCACAAUGAGGUCCUAAGAUGGCGGUGGCUGCGGCGGUUGGCGCCUAGUUAGCUAAUGUAGAGGAGGCGGCCAUUUGGGCUUUGGGCAGUCAAGGGAACUCGUGGGCCUCCCUUUACGCGGUCUUCGAGGAAGAACCGCUGCUGGUGGCGGCUCCUGGAGGAGCCGACCGCCACUCCGCCCUUGGCAGGAGGGGCGGCUUCGUUUACAGAGAAUUAAUUAGAGCCAACAUGGCCACAGGAGGAGGUCCUUUUGAAGAAGUCAUGCAUGAUCAGGACUUGCCGAACUGGAGCAAUGACAGUGUGGAUGACCGACUCAACAAUAUGGAGUGGGGUGGCCAACAGAAGAAGGCCAAUAGAUCAUCAGAAAAGAAUAAGAGAAAGUUUGGUGUAGCAAGUGAUAAGAGGGUAACUAACGAUAUUUCUCCGGAGUCAUCACCAGGAGUUGGAAGGCGAAGAACAAAGAUUCCACAUACGUUUCCACACAGUAGAUAUAUGACUCAGAUGUCUGUUCCAGAGCAGGCAGAACUAGAGAAACUUAAGCAGCGGAUAAACUUCAGUGAUUUAGAUCAGAGAAGUAUUGGAAGUGAUUCUCAAGGUAGAGCAACAGCGGCUAACAACAAACGUCAGCUUAGUGAAAACCGAAAGCCCUUCAACUUUUUGCCUAUGCAGAUUAAUACUAACAAGAGCAAGGAUGCUAUUGCAAGUCUUCCAAAAAGAGAGACUACUAUGUCAGUACAGUGCAAAGAGCUGUUUGCUUCUGCUUUAAGUAAUGACCUUUUGCAAAACUGUCAAGUCUCUGAAGAAGAUGGGAGAGGAGAGCCUGCAAUGGAGAGCAGCCAGAUUGUAAGCAGGCUUGUUCAAAUUCGUGACUAUAUUACUAAAGCUAGUUCUAUGCGAGAAGAUCUUGUAGAGAAAAAUGAAAGAUCUGCUAAUGUUGAGCGUCUCACUCAUCUCAUAGAGCACCUUAAAGAGCAAGAAAAGUCAUAUAUGAAAUUUCUCCAGAAAAUUCUUGCUAGAGAAAAGGAGGAGGAGGAUGUUCGGACUAUAGACUCAGCUGUGGGAUCUGGUUCUGUAGCUGAGAGCACAUCGCUAAACGUAGAUGUGCAGUCUGAGGCUUCAGAUACCACGGCCAGAGAUCCUCAGCAGGAGCCUAUGGAAGAGACAGAAAAUUUGAAGAAACAACAUGAUUUAUUAAAAAAAAUGUUACAACAGCAGGAACAGCUGAGGGCUCUUCAGGGCCGGCAGGCUGCUCUUCUAGCUUUGCAGCAUAAAGCAGAGCAAACUAUAGCUGUGAUGGACGAUUCUGUUGUUACAGAAACUACAGGAAGCUUUUCUGGAGUCAGCAUCACAUCCGAACUAAAUGAAGAACUGAAUGAUUUAAUUCAGCGUUUCCAUAAUCAGCUUCGUGAUUCUCAGCCUCCAGCUGUUCCAGACAACAGAAGACAGGCAGAAAGUCUUUCAUUAACCAGAGAGAUUUCUCAGAGCAGAAAUCCCUCAGUUUCUGAACAUAUACCUGAUGAGAAAGUACAGCUUUUUAGCAAAAUGAGAGUACUACAGGAAAAGAAACAGAAAAUGGACAAAUUACUUGGAGAACUUCAUAACCUUCGAGAUCAGCAUCUGAACAAUUCAUCAUUUGUGCCUUCAACUUCUCUCCAAAGAAGUGGAGAUAAGAGAAGUUCAACUGUAGCUCUCUCUGCUCCUGUGGGCUUUGCACCAGUUGUCAAUGGAGAGUCCAGUAGUCUUAUCUCAUCUGUUCCUUGUCCUGUCGCCUCUCUAGUUUCUCAGAAUGAGGGUGAAAAUGAAGGUCAUCUAAAUCCAGCUGAAAAACUACAGAAGUUAAAUGAAGUUCAAAAGAGAUUGAAUGAACUGAGAGAAUUAGUUCAUUAUUAUGAACAAACAUCAGAUAUGAUGACAGAUGCUGUAAAUGAAAAUACAAAAGAUGAAGAAACUGAAGAGUCAGAAUAUGAUUCUGAACAUGAAAAUUCUGAACCUGUUACUAACAUUAGAAAUCCACAGGUAGCUUCUACUUGGAAUGAAGUGAAUACUAACAGUAAUACCCAGUGUGGUUCUAAUAAUAGAGACGGGAGAUCAGUUAAUUCUAACUGUGAAAUUAAUAACAGAUCUGCUGCCAACAUCAGAGCUUUAAACAUGCCUCCAUUAGACUGUCGAUACAACAGAGAAGGAGAACAGAGGUUGCAUGUAGGACGUGCUGAAGAUGAGGAGGAGGAAGUAGAAGAGGAAGGAGUCAGUGGGGCUUCAUUAUCUAGUCGUAGGAGUAGUCUGGUUGAUGAGGCACCAGAAGAUGAAGAAUUUGAACAGAAGAUUAGUAGACUCAUGGCUGCAAAAGAGAAACUUAAACAGCUCCAAGAUCUUGUUGCUAUGGUGCAGGAUGAUGAUGCAACUCAAGUGGUUGUCCCUGCAGCAUCAAAUUUGGAUGAUUUCUAUGCACCAGAAGAAGAUACCAAACAAAAUUCAAAUAAUGCAAGAGAAAAUUCUAAUAAAAUAGAUACUGGAGUAAAUGAAAAAACAAGAGAGAAAUUUUAUAAGGCUAAACUACAGCAACAACAGAGAGAACUUAAACAAUUGCAGGAGGAAAGAAAGAAAUUGAUUGAAAUUCAAGAGAAAAUUCAAGCAGUGCAAAAGGCAUGCCCUGACCUUCAGCUAUCAGCCACUAGUCUAAAUAGUGGUCCCACAAAAAAAUAUCUACCAGCUAUUACUUCAACUCCAACUGUUAAUGAAAAUGAGAGCAGUACAAGCAAAUGUGUUAUUGAGCCUGAAGAUUCUUCAGUGGUGGAUAAUGCGUUGUGGUCAGACAUGCGAAGACAUGAAAUGUUAAGGGAAGAGCUACGACAGAGAAGGAAGCAACUUGAAGCUCUAAUGGCUGAACACCAGAGGAGGCAAGGUCUAGCUGAGACCUCAUCUCCAGUGGCUAUAUCAUUAAGAAGUGAUGGAUCUGAGAACCUGUGCACUCCUCAGCAAAGUAGAACAGAAAAAACAAUGGCAACUUGGGGAGGUUCUACUCAGUGUGCAUUAGAUGAAGAAGGAGAUGAAGAUGGUUAUCUCUCAGAAGGAAUUGUUCGCACAGAUGAAGAAGAAGAGGAGGAGCAGGAUGCCAGUUCCAAUGAUAACUUCCCUAUGUAUCAUCCUAGCAUGAAUCAAAAUUCUUACAAUGUAAAGGAAACCAAAGCCAGGUGGAAGAACAAUCGCCCUGUUUCAGCAGAUGGAAAUUACCGUCCUUUAGCCAAGACGAGGCAGCAGAAUAUCAGCAUGCAACGACAAGAAAACCUUCGAUGGGUGUCAGAGCUCUCUUACAUAGAAGAGAAAGAACAGUGGCAAGAACAAAUUAAUCAGCUCAAGAAACAACUUGAUUUCAGUGUCAAUAUUUGUCAGACUCUGAUGCAAGACCAGCAGACUUUAUCUUGUUUGCUGCAGACUCUUCUAACAGGUCCGUACAGUGUUCUGCCUAGCAAUGUGGCAUCCCCUCAAGUACACCUUAUCAUGCAUCAGCUGAACCAGUGCUAUACACAGCUAACAUGGCAGCAGAAUAAUGUCCAGAGGUUAAAACAAAUGCUAACUGAACUUAUGCGCCAACAAAAUCAGCACCCGGAAAAGCCUAGAAGCAAAGAAAGAGGCAGUAGUGCGUCACACCCCUCUUCUCCCAAUUUAUUUUGUCCUUUCAGCUUUCCAACACAGCCUGUAAAUCUGUUUAACUUGCCUGGAUUUACUAACUUUCCAUCAUUUGCACCAGGAAUGAAUUUCAGCCCUUUAUUCCCUUCUAAUUUUGGAGAUUUUUCUCAGAAUGUUUCUACACCUACUGAACAGCAGCAGCCAUUAGCUCAAAAUCCUACAGGGAAAACAGAAUAUAUGGCUUUUCCAAAACCCUUUGAAAGCAGUUCUUCUCUUGGAGCGGAAAAGCAAAGGAAUCAGAAACAACCUGAAGAGGAAGCUGAAAACACUAAGAUACCAUGGUUAUAUGAUCAAGAAGGAGGAGUAGAAAAACCAUUUUUCAAGACUGGAUUUGCAGUGUCUGUAGAGAAAGCUACAAGUAGUAACCGCAAAAAUCAACCAGAUACAAGCAGGAGAAGACGUCAGUUUGAUGAAGAAUCAUUGGAAAGCUUUAGCAGUAUGCCUGAUCCCAUAGAUCCAACAACAGUAACUAAAACAUUUAAAACAAGAAAAGCAUCUGCACAGGCCAGCCUGGCUUCUAAAGACAAAACUCCCAAAUCAAAGAGUAAGAAGAGGAAUUCUACUCAGCUGAAAAGUAGAGUUAAAAAUGUUGGGUAUGAAAGUGCCAGUGUGUCUAGCACAUGUGAACCUUGCAAAAGUAGGAACAGACAUUCAGCCCAGACUGAAGAGCCUGUUCAAGCAAAAUUAUUCAGCAGAAAGAAUCAUGAACAGCUGGAAAAAAUAAUAAAAUAUAGUAGGUCUGCAGAAAUAUCUUCAGAAACUGGAAGUGAUUUUUCCAUGUUUGAAGCUUUACGGGAUACUAUUUAUUCCGAAGUGGCUACAUUAAUUUCUCAAAAUGAGUCUCGUCCACAUUUUCUUAUUGAACUUUUUCAUGAACUGCAGCUACUUAAUACAGACUACUUGAGACAGAGAGCUUUAUAUGCGUUGCAGGAUAUUGUAUCCAGACAUAUUUCUGAAAGUGAUGAAAAAGAAGGAGAAAAUGUAAAAUCUGUGAAUUCUGGCACUUGGGUAGCAUCAAACUCAGAACUUACUCCGAGUGAGAGCCUUGUUACUACUGAUGACGAAACGUUUGAGAAGAACUUUGAAAGAGAAACACAUAAAGUAAAUGAACAAAAUGAUGCUGACAUGAGUGUCAUGUUUGUGUCCUCCAACUUUGAGCCGUUUGCAACAGACGACCUUGGUAACACUGUGAUUCACUUGGAUCAAGCAUUAGCCAGAAUGAGAGAAUAUGAACGCAUGAAGACCGAGACAGAAGGUAACUCAAAUAUGAGCUGCACUUGCAGGGUUAUUGAGGAUGAAGAUGGUGCUGCCGCCACUACCACAGUCAAUAAUUCAGAAGCAACUCCCAUUAUUGAGAAUCACAGUUCACCACAACCUAUAAGUGACAUUUCUGCCGUCACCUGUCCUAGAAUUGACACUCAGCAACUGGACCGUCAAAUUAAAGCAAUUAUGAAAGAAGUCAUUCCUUUUUUGAAGGAGCACAUGGAUGAAGUAUGUUCUUCUCAACUUCUCACUUCAGUAAGACGUAUGGUUUUGACCCUUACUCAACAGAAUGAUGAGAGCAAAGAGUUUGUGAAGUUCUUUCAUAAACAACUAGGAAGUAUAUUACAGGAUUCACUAGCAAAAUUUGCAGGAAGAAAACUCAAAGACUGUGGAGAAGAUCUUCUUGUGGAGAUAUCGGAAGUGUUGUUUAAUGAAUUGGCUUUCUUUAAGCUUAUGCAAGAUUUGGAUAAUAAUAGCAUAGCUGUUAAGCAGAGAUGCAAGAAGAAGAUUGAAGCAGCUGGAGUAAUACAGUCUUAUGCAAAAGAGGCCAAAAGGAUUCUUGAAGGAGAUCACGGCUCACCUGCUGGAGAGAUUGAUGAUGAAGACAAAGACAAGGAUGAGACUGAAACUGUUAAGCAGACUCAGACUUCAGAUAUAUAUGAUGCUAAAGGUUCCAAAAAUGUAAGAUCUGAUGUUUCUGAUCAAGAGGAAGAUGAAGAAAGUGAACGGUGUCCAGUGUCUAUUAAUCUAUCUAAAGCUGAAAGUCAGGCUUUAACUAAUUAUGGAAGUGGAGAAGAUGAGAAUGAGGAUGAAGAAAUGGAAGACUUUGAAGAGAGUCCUGUAGAUGUCCAGACUUCACUUCAGGCUAACACUGAAACUACAGAAGAAAAUGAACACGACAGUCAGGUUCUGCAACAUGAUCUUGAAAAAACACCAGAAAGUACAAAUGUACCAUCAGACCAAGAAUCAACUAGUAAGACAGAUGAUCAAGACAGCUCUCCUGUGAAACCUUGUUAUCUCAAUAUCUUGGAAAAUGAACAACAUUUAAAUAAUGCUACCCAUAAAGACUCACUCACCACUACUGAUUCAUCUAAACAGCCUGACCCUAUGCCAUUACCCUUGACUGCAAGCGAAACAUUAGUGCCUAGAGUCAAAGAAAUUAAAUCUGCUCAGGAAACUCCCGAGAGCUCUCUGGCUGGAAGUCCUGAUACUGAAUCUCCAGUGUUAGUGAAUGACUAUGAAGCAGAAUCUGGUAACAUAAGUCAAAAGUCCGAUGAAGAAGACUUUGUGAAAGUUGAGGAUUUGCCGCUCAAACUGACAGUUUAUUCAGAGGAAGAGCUGAGGAAGAAAAUGAUAGAAGAAGAACAGAAAAACCAUUUAUCUGGUGAAAUAUGUGAAAUGCAGACUGAAGAAUUAGCUGGAAAUUCUCAGAUACUGAAAGAACCUGAAACAGUGGGAGCCCAGAGUGUAUGAAAUGUCUUCAGAGACUCAUCUCUCUUACAUAGUCAGCACAUUUAAAAAAAAAAAAAAAAAAGACACUAAAUAAACAUUUGUUUUGAUCUGUAUAAAAUGUAAAUUAGUUUGACACUGCAUUUUUGAUGGGUGUGCUAAUUUCUGCCCAUGGCAGUUUAAAACAUUAGAAUCUGAAUCCUGGACAGAUUCAAACCUUGACACACUGUGGGAUUUUUCUUUUGCUUUUAUUAUUAUUUUUUCUUAUGAUCUUGCCCCCACCCCUCAUUGUGACAUUUGGUGUGUUAACUUUAAAGUGUAGUUUUAAAUAAAGUUUGAACUUAUCUGUAAA